AUGAAAGACGCCAUGCUAGGCUCUGGAAAGAAGCGUUCUCCCAAUCGUUUGAUUGUGGACGAUGCCACGAACGACGACAAUUCUGUGAUUUCGUUGAGUCCUGCCAAGAUGGAACAGUUGGAACUCUUUCGCGGUGACACCGUCUUGAUCAAGGGAAAGAAAGGACGUGAUACCGUCUGUAUUGUGUUGGCCGACGAGACUUGUGACGACUCGAAUGUCCGCAUGAACAAGGUGGUCCGCAAGAAUCUUCGAGUGCGACUAAGCGAUGUUGUGACGGUGACUUCGUGUGGGGACGUUCCCUACGGAAAGCGAAUUCACAUUCUGCCGCUUGACGAUACUAUCGAGGGUGUGUCUGGGAAUCUCUUCGAUGUCUACCUGAAGCCUUACUUUCUCGAGGCAUAUCGGCCCGUCAAGAAGGGCGAUUUGUUCUUGGUGCGAUCUGCCAUGCACCCUGUGGAAUUCAAAGUGGUGGAGACAGAUCCGGCUCCCUACUGUAUUGUCGCUCCUGAUACAGUCAUUCACUGUGAAGGAGAUCCUGUCAAGCGAGAGGAUGAAGAAAAAAUGGACGAUGUUGGCUAUGACGAUGUCGGUGGAUGCCGCAAGCAAAUGGCACAAAUCCGAGAAAUGAUUGAAUUGCCUCUUCGCCACCCCACUCUGUUCAAGACUUUGGGAGUCAAGCCACCUCGUGGUGUUUUGUUGUAUGGACCACCCGGUUCGGGAAAAACGUUGAUUGCCCGAGCUGUGGCCAAUGAAACGGGAGCUUUUUUCUUUUUGAUCAAUGGACCCGAAAUUAUGUCCAAAAUGGCCGGAGAAUCGGAAUCCAACCUCCGCAAGGCUUUCGAAGAAGCUGAAAAGAAUGCCCCAGCGAUUAUCUUUAUUGAUGAGAUUGAUUCCAUCGCCCCAAAACGUGAAAAGACCAAUGGAGAAGUCGAACGUCGUAUUGUUUCGCAAAUGUUGACCCUCAUGGACGGGCUUAAGCAACGUGCAUCAGUUGUCGUCAUUGGAGCUACAAAUCGUCCCAAUGCCAUUGAUCCCGCCCUUCGUCGUUUCGGGCGAUUUGAUCGCGAAAUUGACAUUGGAGUCCCAGAUGAAAAUGGACGGUUGGAAGUUUUCCGUAUUCAUACCCGUAACAUGAAGUUAGAUGAGGAUGUUGAUCCAGAAUCCGUUGCUCGUGAGACUCACGGUUUUGUUGGAGCUGAUAUUGCUGCUCUUUGUACUGAAGCUGCCAUGCAGUGCAUUCGUGAAAAGAUGGAUCUCAUUGAUAUCGAAGAUGAACAAAUUGAUGCCGAAAUUUUGGACAGUAUGGCCGUCAACCAAGAUCACUUCCGUCAUGCUCUUUCACAAUCGAAUCCAUCGAGUCUUCGUGAGACAGUGGUCGAAGUGCCAAACAUUUCUUGGGACGAUAUUGGUGGUCUCCAAGACGUCAAGCGAGACCUCAAGGAAUUGGUCCAAUACCCUGUGGAGCAUCCUGAGAAAUUUGAAAAGUUUGGCAUGAGUCCAUCCAAGGGUGUUCUUUUCUACGGCCCACCUGGUUGCGGUAAGACUCUCAUGGCCAAGGCUGUUGCCAAUGAAUGUCAGGCCAAUUUUAUCUCCGUCAAGGGACCCGAACUAUUGACCAUGUGGUUUGGAGAAUCCGAAGCCAAUGUUCGUGAUGUCUUUGAAAAGGCCAGACAAUCGGCGCCGUGUGUCCUAUUCUUUGAUGAAUUGGAUUCCAUUGCCCAACAACGUGGAGGAUCCCAAGGUGAUGGUGGUGGUGCUGCCGAUCGUGUCAUGAACCAACUUUUGACGGAGAUGGACGGUGUGGGUGCCAAGAAGAAUGUCUUUAUCAUUGGAGCUACAAACAGACCCGAUAUCAUUGAUACAGCACUCAUGCGUCCGGGACGUUUGGAUCAACUCAUUUACAUUCCAAUGCCCGACUUUGAAUCGCGAUUGUCUAUCUUGCGGGCUACUCUUAGAAAGUCUCCUGUUUCAAAGGAGGUCGAUCUAUCUUACUUGGCCAGUCAAACAGACAAGUUUACUGGUGCCGAUUUGACAGAAAUUUGUCAGUCAGCUUGUAAGUUGGCCAUUCGAGAAGAAAUUGAACGAGACAUUGAAAGACAACGCAUCAAGGCCGAAUCCGGCGAAAUGGAAGAUGACGAUGAUGAAGAAGAAGACGACUUGAUGCCCGAAAUCUUGUCUACUCACUUCGAGUCUGCUGUUCGUCAAGCUCGUCGCUCGGUCAGUGAUCGGGAUUUGGCUCAAUAUGCCUCCUUUGCUCAAACGUUGCAACAAUCUCGGGCUGCUGUCACUGGAGCCACUGGCGGAUCCUUGGCAACAUUUGCUUUCCCAGAAGCUGCGGGUGCUGUCGCUGGAGCAGGUGCCGCUGCUGCCGACGAUGAUGAUGACGAAGAAGAUCUUUACAGCUAG